AUGGUCUCUCCCUCCCUUCUUUUUCUCCUUCUCCCAGGGGCUGCGCUGGUGAAAGCGCAGUGUGCCGCCGACAACUGCCUCCGCGCCCUCAACGCCACGCAGACCCCGGGACGCAUCGCCUCUGCCCAGGCCUUCUGCGCGACCUUCACCCAGCCGACGGCGGCGGCGAACGCCUCGAUCCCUGGAUAUGCCUCGGAGCACUGCGGUGGUGCCUUGGGGAGUGAGCUCUCGUCCCGUCUGUCAAGUGCGUGCUCGUGUAUCGCACCCAGCUCGGCCAGGGCUACUACCUCCACAGCCGUGUAUGCUACCGUGACUCCGACGCCCAAGUAUCCGUGCCACAACUCGACAUCCACACGGCUGGGAAGCGGUACGUGGACGGGUAUCCGUACGGGUACGGGGACCGGAACCUUCAUCACUGUGGUCAACCCAACUUCGACCUCCGUAGACGGCGGAGGGCGUCCUACGGGAGAGCCCUGCGCGCUGGUCAGCGACUUAUGGGCGAAACAAGUCUCAGCUGCCGAUCCUUAUCCUAGCGUGGGGGCAGAGCUCGCGUAUGCAUGCCUGAAGUCGGUGCCUCUCCAUAAAGAAGUUGCAGUCGCCCUAGUCGACGCAAUCAGGCCAUACCUCGAGUGGCAGUCUAGCCUCGUCUAUAUCAAAAACCCACCGGCUGACUACAAGCCCGGUGCCUUUUAUCUUCUCGGCCACCUCGGAAAGAUCCGGGAGAAACUCGUCGCCGACGGAUACCAUGGCGAGAUCGACUUCCAGGAGGACCUCUUCGAGAUGACGGCCAAGACCCGCGACGGGCAUUUUGCCUUCUUACCGGAUGCCUUGACCAAGGUUUUUCGGUUUGGUCGGCCCUUUGCGCUCGUGUCGUACGCCCAAGACCCCCUCUCGAUGCCCGUCAUCAAAAUCUUGGACGAGGUCAAGGCCGUCGGUGACGAGGCGAGGACCGUGUCGAGGAUCAAUGGCGUCGAUGCCUCGGCCUUCAUCCAGGGUCUCGUCAACCAGGCCUCGGCCACUCAGGAUCUGGACGCGGCCUACAACUACAUUCCAUGGAGUCUCGGCGCCACAGGAGCGUUCCACAUGUUGGGCUGGCAUAACUACCAGUACCCCGGCGAGAGCACGACUUUAGAGUACGCCACGGGAGAGCGCAGCAGCGCCGCCAACUUUGCAGUCGUUGCGGUUCCCUUCGCCAACGUCACAGACGGCGAAUCCUUCUAUCGAAGGUUCUGUGCGUUGGGGCAGCCGGUCGUCCCAGGCGCCCCUCGUGUUUCGGUACCAGUUUCCAAGAGAAACGUGUUGCAGUUUGGACAGGAUCCGGACCCUAUUGUAAAGAGUUACGACAAUGCCGUGUCGGGCUACUAUCUGGACGGCGACGGGUAUGAGGAUGUGGCCGUCCUCAACGUCGCCUCCUUCAGGACGAGGAGCACAAGGAUUUUCCAGAAGACGGUCGACUCCUUUCUCGAGGCUUGCAGAGCUGAUGGAAAGUCCAAGAUCAUCGUUGACCUGCGAAUGAACGCCGGCGGAAUCAUCCUCCAGGGGUACGACCUGUUCCGCCAGUUCUUUCCACACAUGGAGCAGGACGGGUUCAGCCGGUGGAGAGAGAACGGCGCGUUCAUGACGAUGGCCGAGGUCAACUCUGCCGCAGCCGGGAAUAUCGUCCCCGAAGACCGCGAUACCCCGGCGCUUGCGGGGCUCUGGCACAACCCAUGGAACUACCAGUCAGGCGUGAACAUGACCAACCAGCCCUUCACGUCCUUCGACGCCAAGUUCAGUCCCUGGAUGUGGGAGGGCGACCCAUACACAGCCCUAAUGAGAGAGGAUCUAGCAAACCCAUUCAUAACCGCCAGUCUUGGAAUCGAUAUCACGGGUUACGGGAGCCGGCGGAACUUCACGCAACCAUUCGAAUCCAGGGACAUCAUCCUCUUGACCGACGGUUUUUGUGCCUCGACCUGCUCCAUCUUUGCGUCUGGGAUGAAAAUCCAAGGAAACGUCAAGACGGUAGUGAUGGGAGGUCGGCCGAACGGCGGGGUCAUGCAAUGUGUUGGCGGUACCAAGGGGUCCAUGGUCCUUAGUUUCAACGCCAUCUAUGAAUCAUCUCGAAACCUGAUGGCGACAAAUUAUACGAAUCUGACUUCAGAGCAGGAGGCUUCGCUGUCACAGCUGACGGCUUUGCCUAUGCUUCGAAGCGCCGGCGCGACUUUGAAUGUACGUGACCAGAUUUUGCGCAACGAAGUCGGAACCGGUAUUCCCGCACACUUUGUCAAUGAGCCAGCCGACUGUCGUCUUUACUGGACGCUUGGUAUGUUGGGUGAUAUGAGGGAGAUAUGGAAGGCUGCCGCCAACUCGGCGUGGAAUGGGGCUGGUUGCAUCGCUAGAACAGGCUUCGGAGAGUCAAGGCUUCGCGAUCAGUCGUCGAGCAAGUCGGCCGCGGCGGCGCAUUGGCCGGAGAUCAAGGUGAUCUCAGCGAUUGAUGUUGGUUUGGGCGAAGGCCUCCUGGAAGACGAUUCUGACUGGGACCCCGAGGAAACUUUCAUGUUCUGA